AUGUUUGAAUUUAAAGUUGUUGUCUUAACCUCAACCGCUAUUGUUUUGGGUAUAUCUUACUAUAUGCUAAGAAAAAAAUGCAUUCUUGACGCUGUUGACGCCUUUCGCUAUUUAACGAUAAAAAUCGUGGAAAAUACAGUGGAUUGUGACGAAGUUAUAAAAGAAAUAUUAAAGCAAUGUGUGGUAAGCAGAGCUAUCGGAUUUGACUGUGAGUGGGUUACGGUAAACGGAAACAAGAGACCAGUAGCAUUGAUACAGAUUUCUACAUAUGAUGGUUUUUGUGGACUGUUCCGUCUAAAUAAACUACAACAUUGUCCUGAAAGCUUAAAAGAAUUAUUAGAAGAUGAGAAAAUAUAUAAGGUUGGUGUGGCGCCGAUUGAUGAUGCUAAAUAUAUUGCAGCAGACUAUGGAAUAAACCUAAAAGCUACACUCGAUAUUAGACACAUUGCUCAGUUAUGUGGCUACGAUCCAGGAGGGCUAGCAACUCUUUCUAAGUCUCUUCUUGGUAUUGUCUUAGAUAAAAGCUGGAGAAUACGUUGUAGUGACUGGGAGGUAGAUCAGUUAUCAGACAGACAAUUGAACUAUGCUGCGGCAGAUGCACACGUCGCUAUCAGAAUGUUUGUCAAACUCUUCGAUCAAUAUUCUAGAAGCAAGUGGCCAUGGUGGAAAUGGAGUCAUAAUGAACAAUGGAGCAACAUUGACAACUUAUGUUGGCAGUAUGCAGAUGUUUGUUUUAAAACCAAGACUUCUAAGAAAAUGAAGAACGGGAUGAAAGAAGUAGAAAAACAACCGAAAAAAGAAUUAGCACAAAGCAAGAGGUACCCAUAUGCAGCCCGUUCUUCCCCACUUUACCACAACUGCUUCCUUCAAGCACCAGAUGGGGAGUUGCUUUGCACUUGCGACACUAAAAAGGCAAAAUGGUAUGUAGAAAAGGAGUUAGCCGACGUGAUAACAGAGGAGCCUCUCACUGUGCGAUUGCGGUUUGAGCCUGCGGGUCGCUCAGUGGGGGAAGUGGGCAAAUACUACCAGCUGACCAAACAGAACGUUUGUGUGGUGUGUGGGGAGCAUAAUUCAUACAUUCGCAAGAAUGUAGUGCCCAGAGAGUAUCGCAAACAUUUUCCAGAGGUGAUGAAAGACCACUCAUCCCACGACGUCGUUUUGCUGUGCGUGUCGUGUCAUCAGCGUAGUAACAUGAGAGAUCAGGCCGUUCGAGAAAGACUCGCUCAGACGUGUGACGCUCCGUUUGCGGAUCACGUCAGAGCUAUGUAUAUCGAAGACGUGGAAUGCAAAAAAGUUCGGUCAGCGGCGCGUGCGCUGCUCUAUCAAGCUCGGAAGCACGUCUUGCCGCCUGCGAGGAGAAAAGAGUUGGAAAAUAUUUUGCUUCAGAAUUUUCCUGCGCAUGACAUGGUCACUGAAGAAUUAUUAAAUGAAGCGGCGGAGAUGUCCAUUUUUGUUGAAAACGCAGACUACGAGUCACACGGCCACAAAGUCACGGAGUUUUACUUGGAGCAAGGAGGACUACUACGCUUGGAGGAAUUGUGGCGCGAACAUUUCCUGCAAUCUAUGAAGCCUCAGUACAUGCCCAAGUUGUGGUCUGUCACACAUACUGAAGAGAGGUUGCGUGUACGCUUGUCUGAAGGAAGACUUUCUGAAGAGGACCUCAAGUUAAUAGGAACAUAUUUAUAA